CGCUUCGCCAAAUCCCUCUUGCCAUCCGUCGGCCGGCCGGCGCGGCCCUUAUAUAAGCGCUUCCUCGGCGUCCCACUGCGUUCCCCUUCCGUGCUCGGAUUUUCCCCCUUCGCUCUUCGAUUUGCCGUUUCUCGCGUUCACGAGCUCUCUCCCAGAGAUGGCGUUGGGGAAGAUCAAGGUCGCGAACCCGAUCGUCGAGAUGGACGGGGAUGAAAUGACUCGGGUCAUUUGGAAAUCAAUCAAAGAUAAGCUUAUUUUCCCAUUUCUGGACUUGAAUAUCAAGUACUUUGACCUAGGACUUCCCAAUCGUGAUGCUACAAAUGACAAAGUUACAGUUGAAAGUGCUGAAGCUACUCUUAAGUAUAAUGUUGCAAUCAAAUGUGCAACAAUAACACCAGAUGAAACUCGUAUGAAGGAGUUCAACCUAAAAUCUAUGUGGAAGAGUCCAAAUGGGACAAUCAGAAACAUUUUGAACGGCACCGUGUUCAGAGAGCCAAUCAUCUGCAAAAAUGUUCCAAGGCUUAUUCCAGGAUGGACCAAACCCAUAUGCAUUGGAAGACAUGCUUUUGGUGAUCAGUACCGUGCAACUGAUACAGUUAUUAAAGGACCUGGAAAGCUAAAAUUAGUAUUUGAGGGGAAAGAAGAGCAAGCUGAGCUAGAGGUGUUCAACUUCACUGGUGCUGGUGGAGUGGCCUUGUCUAUGUACAACACCGAUGAGUCCAUUCGCGCUUUUGCUGAGGCUUCAAUGAAUAUGGCUUACCAGAAAAGGUGGCCACUUUACCUUAGCACCAAAAAUACAAUUCUGAAGAAGUAUGAUGGAAGGUUUAAAGACAUUUUUCAAGAGGUAUAUGAACCUGAAUGGAAAUCAAAGUAUGAGGCUGCAGGAAUAUGGUAUGAACAUCGUCUUAUUGAUGAUAUGGUUGCCUAUGCACUUAAGAGUGAAGGUGGUUAUGUAUGGGCUUGCAAGAACUAUGAUGGAGAUGUACAGAGUGAUUUUUUAGCUCAAGGUUUUGGAUCUCUUGGAUUGAUGACAUCAGUGCUGGUAUGUAUACCCUGAACAUAUGAGAUCUGCAUGCUGGUGUGUAUAUUUCUCUCAUCAUUUCAUAAAAUUGUAAAAAUAAAUGCUAAAUACUUAGAAUAAUUAGAAUGCU